AUGGGAGUCGGGUCCCUUAACAUUCCCACCAAACCUAAACAGUAUAAAGUUCAACUCCUAUUUUCAAAACAUUAUCAUAGUUCACCAUCUCAAGUCAACUCCUUUACGAAAACAACUUCUAUACUCCAACUGAAAAUGAAGAACAUCGGAACUGCUCCUGAAUUUGUCCUGAAGUACAAGCUGAUCAAUCAACUCGGAGUAGGAGGUUACGGAGAAGUCUUCCUAUGCCAGGAGAGAACAACCAAACAACUUCUAGCAGUAAAGAUAAUGGAUGAUUGGAGAUGCAACAACAAAACCUGGUGUCCGAAGAGGAAGGAGUGGCUACCUAACGAGUUGGUACUCUGGGAGUCCCUCUCUCACCCCAACAUUGUAAACCUACUGGACGUCUACCGAGACUCCAAGCAGAAUACCUGGUACCUUGUUAUGGAGUACAAUCCCGGAUUUGUUGAUCUUUUUGAUCACGUGGACAAAAACAGAUCCCUACCCUCCAAAGAAAGUGCUAACAUCAUCCGACAGCUGGUCAACGUUGUGUACUACCUCACUCUCCAGAACAUCGACCAUCGGGAUCUCAAGGACGAGAACAUUCUCUUCAACCCUGUGACCAAACAGAUCAAAGUGAUAGACUUUGGGUCCUCUGGCAAACUUUCCCCUGAUCCUUACUCAGCUUUUCGUGGUACAGAUGUCUACAUACCUCCUGAAUAUUUCCUGACUGGAAAAUACCAUUCUUUUCAAGCUUCCGUUUGGGCUAUUGGUUGCAUUUCAUUCGUCCUUCUCAACGGAGACUGUCCUUUCAACUCCAGACAAGAAGUACAGGAGUUCAAGAAUGUGGAACAACUAAACCCGACCUACUCCAACCGGACACUGAGACUCAACUUCAUCAGGAGCUGUCUGAACCCCAACCCUGAUAACAGAAUUCUGUUGUCCGACCUUCUUCGACACCCUUGGCUUAGAUUAAGAAAGGAUUUGGUGGAUCAACUGAUGGGUGUGAAGUUCCAGGGAUCUCUGCUAUUGGACAGCAGUAUUAAGAGAGUCAACAAAUUUCUUGCGGUUGUUAAAACACGUAGUGGCAAACCUAGCAACGACUCUCGUGAGGUGGACUUGACUUUCGUUCGUGAUAAGUUCAAUGAUUUCACUGUUGUUGCUGAUGAAUUUGAGGACGUUUGCUCCAGGGAUGACAUUGUGAACAGAAUAAGAUGUCGCAGACGUUCACCAUCUCAAGUCAACUCCUUUACGAAAACAACUUCUAUACUCCAACUGGAAAUGAAGAACAUCGGAACUGCUCCUGAAUUUGUCCUGAAGUACAAACUGAUAAAACAACUCGGAGUAGGAGGUUACGGAGAAGUCUUCCUAUGCCAGGAGAGAACAACCAAACAACUUCUAGCAAAUACCUGGUACCUUGUUAUGGAGUACAAUUCCGGAUUUGUUGAUCUUUUCGACCACGUGGACAAAAACAGAUCCCUACCCUCCAAAGAAAGUGCUAACAUCAUCCGACAGCUGGUCAACGUUGUGUACUACCUCACUCUCCAGAACAUCGACCAUCGGGAUCUCAAGGACGAGAAUAUUCUCUACAACCCUGUGACCAAACAGAUCAAAGUGAUAGAUUUUGGGUCCUCUGGCAAACUUUCCCCUGAUCAUUACUCAGCUUUCCGUGGUACAGAUGUCUACAUACCUCCUGAAUAUUUUCUGACUGGAAAAUAUCAUUCUUUUCAAGCUUCCGUUUGGGCCAUUGGUUGCAUUUCAUUCGUCCUUCUCAACGGAGACUGUCCUUUCAACUCCAGACAAGAAGUACAGGAGUUUAAGAAUGUGGAACAACUAAACCCGACCUACUCCAACCGGACACUGAGACUCAACUUCAUCAGGAGCUGUCUGAACCCCAACCCUGAUAGCAGAAUUCUGUUGUCCGACCUUCUUCGACACCCUUGGCUUAGAGUUUGA